AUGGCCCUCACCACCGCUCUCGCCUUGUUGGCAUCCGCUCAGGUCGCCACCGCCCACUUCGGCAUUGAGUACCCUACUUGGAGAGACAACACCCUAGGCAGCGCCUCCACAAGCAACUACUCCCAGUGGGAAUAUCCAUGCGCCGGUGUCCCUGGUGACCUCGGCAACGUGACCGACUGGCCCCUUGACGGCGGCUCCCUAGUUCUCGAUCUGCACCACGAGUGGACAUACAUCUUUGUCAACCUCGGCCUCGGUGAGAACGUGGCCAACUUCAACUACAGUCUGACCGACCCGUUCCUCAACUCGACAGGCAAUGGCACUUUGUGCAUCCCCAAGGUGACUCUCCCGGCCAACUUGCCAAUUCAGGAUGGGUCGCUCGCAAGCAUUCAGGUUGUGACGCUGGGCGAAAAGGGCCAGUCAUUGUACAACUGUGCCGAUAUCCGGUUCAGGCAAAACGCGACAGUGCUGAGUGGUGAUGCUUGCAAGACUUCAGAAGGAGUGUCGGCGGCAGCUAUUGAAAUAGGGGGCACAAAGACUGCUGGGUCGACCGUUGUUGGUGUCAAUGUUGGCGUAUUGGCCUCUGUGGCCGCGCUGACUGGUCUAUUUGUAUUCGGUUUGAGCGUAUAA